UGCUAUGUUCUUCCACCAAACUGAAGUGGCAAAGGUAAAUAUGUUUUCAUUUAAGGUUAUGGGCUGGAUAGCAUUCAUGAAUCUUCUGAUCCAGUGGAAGCUGUAAGGAAAUCUGAAGCAAUAUUUAUUGGAGGUGGGAACACAUUCCGUCUCCUGAAAGCUCUGUACGACAACAGUCUGAUACAGGAGAUCAGGAAAAGAGUUCUUGAGGAUGGGAUUCCUUACAUGGGAUCCAGCGCAGGAACUAACGUUGCUACCAUCAGCAUCAAUACUACCAAUGACAUGCCAAUUGUCUAUCCACCUUCCCUGCAGGCCCUAGGUUUAGUUCCUUUUAAUAUUAACCCCCACUACCUGGACCCAGAUGCUAAAAGCACUCACAUGGGUGAGACAAGAGAGGAAAGAAUUCGUCAAUAUCAUGAAGAACCAAACACGCCUCCAGUUCUGGGCUUGCGGGAAGGUGCGAUGCUGCUAGUGGAAGGAGACAAAGCCACCUUGCAAGGAGUGACAGGAGCACGUCUGUUUUUGAGGGGUAAGAAACCAACUGAACAUGAGCCUGGAACAGAUUUCAGUUUCCUCCUGAUUGACAGUAAUCUCCAGAACCUGUAGCCUUGCAUACUCUGCAGCAAAAGUCGCUAUACGGGAAUACAACGAAGAGGAAGAAAAGAGGUGCUUCUAGUCCUGGGGAGAGUGGAGAACCUUAGCUUUAUAAAUAAAGACAAAUAUGCAUUAGUGGACUCUUUUCCCCACCCUAAUUCAUCUCUCAAACCUCUCUCCUUCCCAGUAAAAAGGCAAUUUUUAUUGCAAUACUUGAGUAAUGAUAGCUAUUCUUAGUCUGAAAGGGUCUGUACGUUCAUAUAUCCACUUUUGAUUUCUUCUCCACCAAAAAAAGUUACUUUAACACAAUUAAGACAGAACACUGGAUCAGCUGUUCCUGCUGCCUAGCUUUACCUGUUAAAUGAAAGAAUUGUUCUUUUAAUGUAUUUCCACAGUAUUAGUUUAAUUUUUGCACAUAAUAAUAAAGGGAGAUUUAAUGCAU